AUGGCCGGCACCGAGCCCGGCCAGUCGCCCGCCCAGCAGCUGUCGCCCAAGGCCAGCCCGUCGCUGUCCGCGCCGCCGUCCACCGGCCCCACGCCCAGCCGUGUGCAGAAGCGGACGCGCCGCCAGAACAGCCUGCAGACUACCUCCGAGCUCGUUGCCAAAGGCCUCGCUGCUCUCGCCGAUGCCCCCGACCAGCCCGCCCGCGAGCCUCCCGCCGCCGCUGCCGUCUUCCGUCUCGCCGCCGUGCCGCCCGAGCAGCCCUAUCCGCGUCCCGCCGCGCUGUCCAGCAGCCGUCCUGACCUGGCCUUGCGCCCGCCGAAUGGCGCCCUGGUGGCCCCGAAUCCCCCGGCCCCGGCCAUGGCCCCCUUCAGCCAGCCCGCCAGCGUGCCCGCCUCGCCCACUGCCCGCUGCCCCGCGCCCUGCUGCGAUACUACCCGCACCGCCGAGCGGAACUCGACGCAGCAGCAGCAGCCUAAGGCCUCCUCGCCCUUUGCCUAUGCCUAUCCCCAGUCGCCGUAUCCCUAUCUGCCCUUUGAACGCCAGUUCUCCGCCCUCGACCGCCCGCCCUCUGUGCAUGUCAAGGCCGAGUAUGCCAACGGCAUCUUGCCCCAGAAUCCCAGCCUGGCAGCUAUCCCGGUCUCGUUACCCGGCCCGCCGUCGUACGCCGGCACGCAUUUUACGACGAACGACAUCGGACAAUCCGUGCUGCCGUCGCACAUCCCCAAUAUCUUUACUGCUGAUUACAGCGGGCUGGAGCCGCAGUCCCGCCACAACUGCGGCUGCGGCGAUGGCUGCCAGUGCCUGGGCUGCGCCUCGCACCCGUUCAAUGAUACCACCCGCCAGUACAUCCAGGAGAUGGGAUACAUGAUGGCCUUCGAGAACGAGGACGACGCCAACCAGCAGACCUCGCAGUAUAACACGCACGGCUUCUCGCCGCCUUUUGACGCCUACAAAUUCCACCAGAACCUCUACGACCAAAGCGCGGCGGCCGCUGCAGCCGCUGCCGCGCAAGACGCCUCCUCCAGCACCAACACCGCCGCCACCAACAACCACAGCAACAACACUCACACCAACGGCACCAAUAAUCCUAAUUACCGCUACCAGUCCACCACCGCCGCCGCCUCGUCCUUCGCCCACGAUUUCUCCCUCCCCAGCCCCGUGCUGUACGACCAGUCGCACGAGGCCGUCAUGCAGCCUGCCGCCUACUACACCCUCGAGUACCCCGUCGGCAUCCCCGCCCCGUCCCGCUGCUACAACGCCGUCGGCACCUGCCAAUGCGAUAUCAACUGCAAGUGCAUCGGCUGCCUCACCCACGACGGCCACAACGGCAUCUCGCUCGAGCCCACGCGCCCGCCCGAAGCCGCCGCCGCCACCACCACCGCGAAGAAGUCGCCUACCACGACGAAGAAUACUAUGACGACAACAACAACGACGACGGCAAAUGGCAUUGCGGCGCCGCCGCCGCAAUCGAUUCUGGAGGAACCGCCGGCAACGGCGACUCCGGCCACCACGGCGACGGUAACGAAUGGUGCGGUCUUGGGCUCGCGGGAUAAUAGGACCACGGAUUGA